AGCAAAAUCACAUCAGAAAAAAAGCAGGGAGUGGAUAUGUCUGCCACUUUUGUAGUGAAAAAAUUGUGAAUAUUAUCUUCAAUAGUGGAUUUAAAAUACGCAAAACUGUUAGCAAACUAAACUGUGGGUGUUUCUGCGUCGUAUGCAACAAUAGUUGCCCGGUGAAAAUCGUGCCAGUAUGGAAAAGUUGCUUGUUUCAAGUUUGCCUUGAUAUGAAAGAAACCGCUUCGAGAAUAGUGAAAAAUUGCCAAUCGAUAAUCGCGGUGUCGGGACAGAAAUUGUCGCCCAAGAGUGGGGGAAAGGUAGGGUGCCCUACUUUCAAGGGAUUGCUGCAAUCCGAACCACAGUGCUGCACCUUUCCGUCAGCAGGGCAUACCUGCAUAAUUAUCUAAUUACUUAGCCCCCCCACCCCAGAAAGGGCAUUCGACGGAGUGCGAUAAUUACUAGGCCUGUUUGCGAUGAGAUUCAAUAAGCAGGAGUUGAUUACUCUGGCCACCCAACCGAGCAACAAGUUCGACAAGGAAGGUCCUCUCUAUGUAACCGAAAAGCAGGAAGGAUUUUUCCGGAAAACCGAAGGAGAGGAGACCAAAGUGACAAACGGGCCCGGCAGCAAAAGCCAUCACCACAAGCGCAAACAGUCGCUCAGUUGCAUUGGUGCCACCCAGAAAGUAAGUCUCGAAAAGUGGUGCCGACUGCGGGGCAACCUGCUGUUCUACUUCAAAACUAGCGACCAGUUUUCGGAACCGCAGGGUUGUAUCGUGCUGGAAAAGUAUCGCUGCGCCAAGCAGGGCGACCAGAAGGAGUACGACGGUUACGUGUUCUAUCUGGAAUUCGAGGACGGGCUGCGGCAGCGCUUCGCCACCAACACCGAACAGGAGCGGCUCGAAUGGAUGCAGGCCAUCGGGCUGGCCGGGUACGAUGUCAAGCGGGCCCAGCUCAAGUACCUGCGGGAGCAGAUCGACAAGAAGCGCGGCAUGAUCCACGACGUGGACGUGGACAUGCUGCGGCUGCAGACCGGUAAAGAGAUAGAGCUCAACGAAGUGCCCAUCUGCGAGUCGGCCAUCUCGUGCGACAACCUUCUGUGCGAUGGGAACGGAAAACCGCCGAAUCCGUCGGUUGUGGUGCAGGUCACCUCCAACAACCGCGCUGCCAGCGGUUGGGUCAAAUACGGUCGCACGGAAGUAAUCGAGCGGAGCUCGAACCCUCAGUUCAUCUGCACGAUAACGUUCCGCGCCGGGGAUGGUCUCAACGCCAAAUCGCAAAUUCGUUUCACAGCGUAUGACGUGCGGGAGAAGGUUACCCAAACGGCGGUGCCCAUUGGGUGGGCAGAGGUGGCCCUCGGGGUUAUAACGGACACCUCGCGGCUGAGGAUACCCUUGAGAACGCAGAGCCCCUGCGGUGGGAAUGCCGGUUUUAUAACGAUUGCAACGUGUGCGCCCGAUUUGGAGAAGAAAACGUCGCGAUCGCCGGCUAAAGCCGGCAUGGAUCAUCAACAGCAUCAGCAGCAGCAGGCUAUCGGGCAUCGCCGGUCGCAAUCGUUGCCGCCCAAGCUGGGUGUGAAACUGUUCAUACCGCCGCCCUCGAAGGUGGCGCUGGUGUUCACCAAUCCUAGCAUUCACACCUACCGGCUGCAUUCCGGAUUGGGUGGCGACAUCAGCGUCCAGGAAAUCAUGCUCGAAAGUCAGCUCUGCUACAUUAUCCCUCAACAAUUGCUCUCUAUAUGGAUCGCCCGCGAGAAGGAACUGCUGCAGGAAAUCUCCGGAAUGGGUGAACUGGGCGGAGAGUGGCGUCACCGCCAGAUGGAACUGCUGGACAAACAUCUGAAGCUGCUGAAAGACUACUCCCAAGCGAAGCAAUUCCUGAUGCAACAACAGCAGCAAGGCAAGUACUUCAAGGCCAGCUGCAAGAAGGCAGACGAAACGCUGGAGUUUGCUCCGGUUAAUCUGCACUUGCAACGGAUGUGGGCUCACAACGAUACGCUGAAGCGGGCGGGCGUAUUGGAUGUUACGACUGUUGGCGCGUUCACUCGACAUUCGGGGAAGUCCAAGACGGGUGGCUUGAUCAAGUUGUUGCAACAGAUCAAGGAUGCCAAUGCCAAGAAUGGUGGGAACUCCGAAAAGGUGGCAGCGGCAAAUGACGCGGUGCAAGCGAUCAAGCAACUCCGGAAGGAAAUCGUGGAGAUCAUGUCCCAGCUACUCUUCUUGGCAAAAUCCAAAAACCCGAAAGGGAUGCUUUCACUGUGCAACGACAUGAUGACCAAAACUCGGGCUCUGCUCAACAUUUGGGAGCCCACCUUGGUGGAAGAGGCAUUCGCAUUCAUCGAACGGCAUCGGAUAAUUGAAGAUGGGACGGACGGUUCCGGUGCGACUGGAACUGGGAACGGCAUUGCGAUGUCCCCGUUCAAAAAGAUCACCCAACAGUUGGGUGCACUGGAUCUGAAAAGCCCGGAACUGGAAGAUUUCUCCACUCCAAUGGGACCAGCUCCUGAUUUGUGGCCGCAGGUUCGAACCAGCAAGUCCGGAGUCCUGGGAGCGUUCGGCAGCAGUACGAAAUCCAAAUCUCCAUCCUCGGUGGACAUCAGCACCAUUGCGACCAUCCAGAGCACAUUCAACCAGAUGAGCAAUAGCAAAUCAAAGGAUUAUGUGAUGUCAUGUUCGCUGCCGGCAGCGUGCUAUCUCCCGACGGAACAACCAAAGGAAACCAAAUCGAGGAGAUCUACCCCAACGGAAACGUCCGGGUCGGGAAGUGAUCUCAAGUUCAGUGAGACUCAUUUCGAUGUCAAUGGGGAGGUUACGAGUUCGACGCCGGUUGCAACCCCGGGAGAGGCUUCCGUAAAAUCGCCCGAAGUGGAGAAAGCGGAAGAAGCCACACCGGAAGCGUGUCGGUCCCGGGGGCUGUCCGUGAAUCAACUCCUGGAGAAUAAGAACGAGCUUUUGUCAAACGUAUACGACGAGAAUGGCUAUUUAAUCGAAAACACGGCGAUCGUUUUGGGUCAUAAUGGGGCUUUCCUGGACACGAAGGUGAUGAGUUCGAGCCCAUCGGCGAAUUACUACAGACCCACGGAAGAACCAGAACCACUGGAUUUGACCCAGCUCAACAUCGAAGCCAGUGUGAUGUGCCUUGUCAGUAAGGUCAAAUUCCUAUGCGGUCGGUGUGGAAGUCCGGCGGUUCGGCUGAGACAACCGAAGGGUUCCUUGAAGUCCGGACGGGGUGUUCCGUUUGGGACGAUCCCUCCCGAUGUGGUUACCAGUCAACCGCUGUCGCUGCCUUGCGCGGACGGACUCGAGCAGGAAAAGGAUUCCAUGGCGAUGUCCGGAAAUCUUCCCAAGGAUCUUCUGCCGGGUCCAUCCGGGAAACCACCGCUCUGUAGUAAGGACCUCAACCUGGCGUUGACGCAGGCGGUCGGCGAGGUGACGCGUAAGGUUAAGAAAGGUAACAAAUUUACGGACGGUUUGGAUCUGUCGAUGACAACGGAUUGGGCAUCGGAGUUGCGACCUUCGAUGAAGAAACUCCGACAGGCCAUGGAUGGACUGCUGAAGACGGCAAGACUGAUGCACUCCGUUCAACGGUUGCAGCAGGACAUGAAGAAAACUUCGACGGCGUUGGCGGUAAUGUACCGAAGGGAUGUUUGCUUUUCUCAGGCGUUGACUUCGUUGGUUUCGGCGCUGAUGGCGAAGCUCUGGGGCCAGAACGUCACGGAGAACUACAUCAGUUUGUUGUGCAAUUUGGGGCCGUUGGCUUGUUUCGAAGGAUUUCUUUCCUUGUACGGAAGUGAGACGGAUAUGUGGGGAGACAUGGGCGUGGCCAUUGCCGAUUUGGGCUCGGUUAGUUUUACUUUGGUACGAAGCAAUAUUCAAAGGGACUCGAAGGCGGUGCCAGUUCCGCGGGUUAUCGGAUCAAGGCAGCAGAUGAGUGUUCUGAUUCCGGUUCCGGAAUCGGUAUUCUGCCAUCUUCCAACGAAGGAGAGUACAAGCUUUAAGGUCACUCCGGUUUUCUUCAACAUCGGCAUCAACGAGAAGGCAACGUUGGCGGAAACGCUGGGCUACACCAAGGAGCAGCACCGUUCCAACUGGGACAACUACGACCGGCUGAAGCAAUACCACGCCCGAUACAAACAUAUUCCGUUCAACUUUGUCAAUCCUUCCUGCUCGGCCGCAUUGGAUACGCCGACGAAGACCGGUCUGGCCACCACCCAGCAGAAGGAGGUGCUGGUGCCGGAGCAUGCCGUGACCGGUCUGUUCGGCGAGAUGGAGGACCAGCUGCGGGCGAACAGUUCGAAGAACUACCGGAUAUUGACGCUGGCCGAAGAUAUCACGCGGUCGAUGCAGGGAUUGCGCUUUACCUCGUGCAAAAGUGCCAAGGAUCGUACCUCGAUGGGCGUUACGCUGGAGCAGUGCCGGGUACUGCAGCAGGAGUUCCAUCUGUCGAGUGCCAACGCGCAGAACGUGUUGGAUACGAUGCGGAGCGAAGGGACCCGCUCGGACAAUACGAUGAAGAACAUCGGACUGCGGAAGUACGCCUUCAACUUGCCGCAGGUCCUGUCGCUUCCGCAGGUGUAUCGACCGCCGGCCGGUGCCUACGGGAAGGCCCAAUCGUAAGUCAAUUUUUGUGUCUGUGUGAAUGUGCGUUCCCGUGUGCGAGCGAAUUUGUGUACACGUUCAAAACUUCUUCCAAACAAGCCAAAUGAGGUUAGAUCGUUUAGCGGCAGCUCAGUUUUUUAGCGCGAAUUUACUGUAUUAUUUAACGGACGUCUACUUACUUCAAUGCAACAAAGCUACAGGCGAUUUUUUAUUUUAUUCUGAUAUAAGUUAAGGUGAAAGUUUCUGCUCGUACUAUUACUAAGUUGUUGUUGAUGAUGUUUUUGAAAGUUUAAUUUAUUAACAGAAAUAUAUACUCGUCUCGUUUUAACUUCAUCCGCCACUCGUGGCUAGAAUGUUUAUUCCAGUUUCAUCAAUCUCAGAACUUGUUAAAUAGUAGCUUAUUAAGUCUGAAACAGUAUAAUAUCCUCAUCUUAGCCAUGAAAAGAGUACAUCAAAAAAUACUUUCUCAUACAUGCUAAGAGUAAAUGCUAACCAAAUAAUCAAUAAAUUGCAAAUCAUCAAAACUUUUGUUUUCCUCUUAAAUCGAAAGUGGGCUUAGAAUAGCGCACAAUUGGACUGAAGCCAACAUAUUUGUAGCUGCAAUUGCACUUAAAAAUCCUAUAAAAAUCCGUAAACAGACAUGAUUCGUGGGUGGGUUGCUCUGGUCGAGUAGUUAGUGGAUUAAUCCAUUGUUAAAAAUGUGCCAAAUUUAAUUAACAAAGAAGAAAAAAAAACAUUUCCUUACAAGAUAAUAAAAUUAGAAAAUGGCACGCAUUAAAAUUUUUGAGACAAAUAAUUAACACUUAACGAGUUUUUUAACACAGCAAUGGCUAACGAACUAAUGUAAUCGAAAGGAAAAUUCAAAUCUUAACCAGUGUAAUGUGAGCGUUAUUAAUCAAUUAGAACGGAAACAUUUUUUCGGAUAUGUUGGGACAAUUUUUGAAACAGGAAUAUUUAUUGGUAUUAACCCCAGAAAUUCAUCAAAAUUUCAAUUCAAUUGAAAUUAAGUACUAGACGAGUAGGAAAUAAACUUGGAAAGCAUUGACUGGAAUGAAUUAAA